CAAAUUUGCAGAUGACACCAAGCUGUCAGGAAUAGCCAACACUCCAGAAGAUAGGCUCAAAUUACAGAAGGAUCUUGACAGACUUGAACAUUGGGUGCUAUCUAACAAAAUGAAAUUCAACAGUGAAAAAAGAAAAAGGAGUAGGGGGUCAUUUCUGCUCAAAAGGACUUAUUAAAUUGAUUGAUUUUCUAAGCAGACGGGAAUUUCACAAGCGUUCGAUCUUUGAUGUAGAAUCAGCACGGCAAGUAUACCGACUCCCUUUCUGAAACCUGAAACCUUUCUUUGUCUUUGAUUAAUUGACUUUUAAAAUGGCGUCUGAAAGUGAAAGUAAAUUUUUUUAGUACGAUAAAGUAGCGUUAUUUGUGGAUUGUUACAAACGGAGUUUUUUUUAUACUGAAAGGAGGGAAGGAAAGUUGUUAAGUUUAAAUUCCUGAUUCUUUUGAAGACAGAAUGGCAGCUAAACCUUUAAAGCCUUCUGGAAGAAGGGGAUCUGAACCAAGUCUUGAGGAUAUAUUGAAAGUACAAUUAAAACUUUCUGAAGAUAGGCAAAAAGAGAUGAUGGAGAAUUUUAAUGCAAAAAUAAGAGAAGAUAUUCUCAUGGCAGUUCAAGGACUGAGUAAAAAAAUUGAGGGAUUGGAAGAGGAAAUGCAACAGAUCUCUCAGUCAAAUAAGCAUUUAGAAGACAAAAUGAAAGGUGUUCAGAAAAAAGUGGAUCAAAAUGAAGAUCAGGUUGUGAUAUUACAAUAUAAACUUAUGGAAGGAGCUCUUAGAAUCCGUGGUAUGCAAGAAGAGCGAGGAGAAGACUUAAGAAAAAUUAUAUCAGAAGCAUUGGCUGAAUUUAUUGAAGUGGAACCCCAAGAGGUAGCUUACCAAAUUGAUAAAAUAUAUAGAGUUAACUCCUGGAUUGCAAGACAGAGAAAGCUUCCUCGGGACAUUGUGGUUUAUUUUGUGAAAAGGACUAUGAGAAAUCAGAUUCUGCAAGUUUCAUAUCAGACAACUUUAAAAAUUGGAGAACAGGAGCUGAAGGUGCUGAAAGAGAUUCCUUCAAAGAUGUUAAGAGAUAGGAAGGAAUUUGUUUUUUUUACACAAGAACUUAAAAAACAUCAGAUUCAAUUCAGAUGGGAGGUGCCAGUUGGACUGACAGUAUUCUAUCAAGGAAGGAGAUAUAGAAUUGACACUGUUUUAAAGGCAAAGGAUUUUCUUUCUACAGUUUUGAAAGUCGAAAUAGAAGUGAUAGAAAAACUUCAAGAGAUUCAAGAAGGCAUGGUGAUCCAAGAGCCUUCAUUGCUGCCAGUAUCAGAGGAACCACAAGAGCAAAGGGUGACAAGAGGAGCUCUUAAGCGUAAAGAAGAGCAACAGUCUCAAAGUAAAAGUCAGGAUCCCAGUAUGGAAGCUGUGGGAGGAGCUAGACGGAAGAUACCGGAGGAGGAGCUUCCGUUGUCUGCUUCAAAGCUUCAGGAGGCCAGUAAUGGCAAAUAGAAUUUUGUCAUGGAAUGUUAAUGGCUUGAAUUCAGCUCAGAAAAGAAGGAAAAUAUUUCACUACUUGAAACAAUUUAAAAAUGAUGUGAUUUGUUUGCAAGAGACACAUAUAAAAUUAUCAGACACAUAUAAAAUUAUCAGACCAAAAAUAUUUAAUUAACUCAAAAUUGGGUAACCAUUUUGUUGCAUCAGCUUUGGAAAAGAAGCAUGGAAUUGUUGUAUAUAUCAGGAAGGAUAUACCAGCUAAGUUAAUUGAGGCAGAUAUUCAAGGAAGAUUUAUUGCUAUUGAACUGGUGAUAGAUGCAAAAAAGACUUUGCUGAUAGGUAUUUAUGCACCUAAUCAGCAACAAGAAAAGUUUUACAAAAUGUUACACGAGAGGUUGACCCUCUGGGAUUAUAGUUCGUUUAUUUUAUUAGGAGACUGGAAUGGAGUAAUUGAUACAAGAAGGGAUAAGAGAACCUCCUCCAAGAAGAUACCUAUACAUGCAAAACUACCAAAAUCCUUUUUUGAAAUGAUGGAAGACUUUGAGUUUAGAGAUAUAUGGAGGUUACGGAAUCCAGAUGAGAGAGAUUUUACUUUUUUUCCCGAUAGGCAUCAAUCUUUCUCACGUAUUGAUUUUAUUUUAAUUUCUAAUGACUUGCUUUCUAGGGUGAAGAAAAUGAAGAUAU